CUCGGUACUGUACUGUUACCACCUCGGUAGAUAAGCAGGGGACGAAGGAGCGAGAUCAACUGCUGUGUGCUGGCCAGCCAAAUUGGAGCCCAACUUUCAAUCUGACACGGCCAGAACCACAGUGAUAUCAUCGCUGGUCCCGAGUCGGGGUUGAGGGUUUGUUUCCAGUCUUUCUUGCCAGUGGUUUGAUCCUUUGGGAUCCGUCCGUUUCCGUCCAUGGAGCUUGGCCUUGUGCUUGCCGCCAGUUGCCUUUGGUCAUCAAACCGGGUCGAUGACUCUUUGCCAGCCAAUUCUCGGCCAGACCGUGCUUCUGGCCCGCCACAGCUGCCAACCACUCGACCGAUCCCGACUCGACCCGAACCGAACCGUGGGGGAAAGAGAAAACAGACAAACAAAGCCACCGACUUGACUUGACGACCAUACGCUCCAAUAAUUGCCUGCUCUCCCAUCCCUCUCGUUCGUCCAGCAAGCUUUCCAGACCAACACGCAGCGAGGCCAAGGGCAGGGGCAGGGCAGCCCCAUCACGUCAUGCUCGAGAGGUGGUCUCUGACCUCCUGAACACGCUCUCGCACCCACGAUGCCCAUGUUCCAGGACCCGACAGAGCUGCGUCACCGCUGCCAGUCUGCCUCGCCCGAUGCCUCGGAUGGCGCCCCUCCCGCCGCCGCCCGGCCCAUCCCCAUCCAGCUUUCGGCCUCGAGGCGCCUGUCCGAGGAGAGCAUCCGCACCGACCUGUGUGAAGGCCCCCUACCCGACAGUUCGCCGAUCAAAACCCCGAACCAGGACCCGGCUGUGGCCACCUCGGAUCGCGCCGAGCUGAUUGAGCGGCUUAAACGCGGAGAAAGCCCGACUUGGAUUCCCAAUCGCCAUCUCGAAUCCCUCUUUCACCAUCGGAGCCCCCCGUCCCCCACGAGGACCCGUGUCCCCUCGGCUGCAUCCCCGACGUCUCUUCUCCCAGCGGCCGACAUUGCUAGUGAGCAAACCCCCCGUCCGGCCAGCCGGCCAUCCGAAACCGACGCCCGUUUGCAGGACGGUCUAGGCAUUGAGAGGCCUAGGUCGGCCCUGCACAGCGGGGAUUUUACCCAGCACAGCGCCCCACCGCGUGCAUAUCAGCCAAGAGGGAGGGCAGAGGAGAGGCGGUGGGAAACAGGCCACCAUGUACAGUAUUCUUCUGCCUCGUGGCUGGCGACCUCGCCUCCGCGUCACUCUAACGCCUUCGAUAUUGGAGAACGGGAUGGAAGUCGGAGACCUCCAGUCGGACAAAGGGGCUCGGUGGCACAGACUCCGUUCACCAGUCACAGGUCGGGUCCCAGCUCCCUGUCGUCCUCGUUUUCUGGCAGCUUUGCCUACGUUCACCCCACCAGCCCUCUCGUCCAGUCUGAGAGCAACGACGAUGCCGACUUCACCGUGCCCAUGAGCAGCAUCGAUAUCGGCGACUCGGUCAUGGCCAGGAACCCACGUCGCCACACUCUAGCGUCCCACGACUACGGUUCACCUACGCCGCGCGUCCGGACGGCCUCGGCCCAUCCUCCGGCCCUGGAGCUGUCAUCCAGUGCCCGGCGAGAAGGCACCUUCCCCUACCAAGCCCACCAGCCGCGCCGCUCCCUGACCACAUUCCCCAUCUUCUCUCCUGGCUCCACCGCGCCGCCGUCGGGCACACCCGCAUACCUCAGGUCACGCCGGCCCUCGUUUGGCUCCGACUCGUCGCCGCUCCAGCACGCCUCCAUGGUGGGGUCGUACGAAGAGAGUAUCCUGCGUGGCCGCAUGUCCACGACUCCGUCUAAACCGUUGGACUUUCUGGCCCAGAUAGGAGUGCUGGGCAUAGGCAAGUGCAAGUCGAGCCUCCGCUGCCCGCCGCAUGUGACUCUUCCCUUUUCUGCCGUGUUUUACAGCUACUCGAGCACCUCGCACGGCCGGUCCAAUUCUGAGGACGGUCCGAGCCCCUACGUUGGCAUGAUCGACCUUGAGAACGGCCUUGCAAAGCAAGGAGGCGAGGCCAACAGGGCCAGGAGGAAGCUGCAGUCUAGGAGUCUAGCGCGUCGUACAAUGGAGGACCAGCCUGAGGACAUUAGUAUGGGUGGAGACUCCCCAACUGACUUGCCCACGGGCGCGCCGUCAGACGACGUCGGGCCACAGGCUCUUGCCAAAGCCAAGCGACGGUCAGCCUCCCCCAGGGCGCCGCCUGGCGGAUCUUACCGUAUCCCUGGCAAAGGUCAGCUGCAGAUCAUCAUCAAAAACCAAAACAAGACGGCGGUCAAGCUAUUCCUAGUACCCUAUGAUCUGGCGGGGAUGGACCCGGGUACGAAGACCUUCAUCAGACAGCGUAUCUUCUCCGCCGGCAUCCCCAUCGACGGGGCUGUCGGCCAGGGGCUCUCUGAAGAAACAUCCGAGGGUGCUGCUGCUGCUGCUGCUGCUGCUGCUGCGCGCCCGAUCCUACGGUACCUCAUCCAUCUGCACAUAUGUUGCCUCUCAAAGGGACGCUAUUAUCUGUACAAGAGCGUGCGCGUUGUUUUCGCCAACAGGGUUCCUGACGGCAAAGAGAAGCUCCGCAGUGAAGUUACCUUCCCUGAGCCACGUUUCAGUACCUACAAACCCACGCGGGUCAUGCAUCCACCGGUGGCGACGGCGCACAUGAGCGGGCCAGCCGUCCUCCUCGCGGCUGACAAGGCGUUCCGGCGCCGGAGCUCCGGGUUCAUGCUCGACGGCAGUGCUGGUUCCCAUAUGUUGCCUUCGCCCAGUGUGUUGGAUAUGCUAGAUGGCGGCGUCUCCCGCCCGCUACAGACGUCCAAUAACGCCGGCGGUCGAAGCAGUAGCAGCAUGAGCGCCGCCAGCAGGAGCCACCACAGUGGACGGUUCGCGGCCCCACCGCCGCCCGUUGGUUUCACCGCCCCCGGGUGCUUUGCCGCCUCUACCCCGAGCGGCGGCGGCGGCGGCGGCGAGGUGGGAGGAGUGUGUCCCAACACCCCCGUCGAUCCGAGCCCGGUCCCGCCCCGCCUGCCCAGGGGCCGGCUCGAGAGCGUCACGAGCGAGGGUAGCGAUUCGACCACGGCAGGCGCGCAGACGACCCGGUCAGGAGACGCCAAUGAGCCUUCGCCCACGUCGAUUGGUACGGGUACGGCGGCGACGGAAUGGCCGGGUCGUGUAUGCGGCGGCGGUGGCGACGACGGCAGCCGUCCUCUCGGCAUCGGCGAAGACGGCCUCGGCCGCGGCGACGGCAAAUCUGUGCUGCCCGCCUACAGCAAGCUGUCCAGGGGUGACGUCGGGUACGGCGGCAACGCCUUUGUUGCCGCGUCUUCCAGCGGGUUGCAAGGCGUGGCGGGGCCCGCCGAGGGCUUGCUCUCCCAGCGGCUUCGGUCCCUUGGCGUACAGGGCGAGUCGCCAUGAGAAGGGCCAAGGAGAGGACCCGGCUCGUGUCCUAUUAUACAUCUCUCUACCUACGCAUCUAGAUUUGCUUUGUUUUUGUGUGUCUGGCGUGAUUUGCCUCACUUAUCCUUGCUAGCCUUGCUUUCAUCCGUCUUGUUCUUUUGUUUCUUCUUUUUUGGCGCUACUUGGAGUUAUGGGCCAGCUUUCGCUGACGGCGGGAACAUAUCAUAAGAGAUACCAACAUCGAUAGUCCCUAUCAUCCAGCUCUUGGUCAAAUCGCCUGGGCUUGGAAAUUUGUAUACAUUAUCAACGGGAUGGAUUUGAGCUUUUCUAAUACACCUCCCUUCGCAUAUGGACCAUGUAUCUGUUAUCCGUACAUACCUACAUAUUUCUGAUGGCGAAGUUGCGUGGAUUAUGAAAGCAACUUAAAAAUCAUGUCUAUAUCGUAACAAUAUGCCCGUGAAAUGUACAGUUUACAUACAGG